AAUCAUAGAGAAGCCAGGGAGACUCCCACUUCCGGUCGCUCUGGCUGCUUCGCCGGUGCAGACGCAGUGCUGACCCCACAGCUGCCGGACAAAGAGUGACGCGGGGAGCUGAAGUCAUGGCGGCAACCGAGCCGAGCUUAGCAGCCACAGGGAGCCCAGCGGCAGCGCCGCCCGAGCAGCAGGAAGGAACCGGCCCGAACAUAGACCCUGAACCCAACGCUGCGGGCUCCUGGAUUUCAGAGUCCUCUGCGCCUGCUCCUGAGCACCCCAGGGCCAACGCCGCGAUCCCCGAAGUGAAUCCUAUGCCCUUGGCGGCCGCGGAGCUGCCUGUGGGACCCGCACCCCUAGGUUCUGCGCCUCAAGCCGAAGCCGCCCCGCGCCUCCCCGCAGGUCCGGGUGGCUCCCGGCCCGGCCCCGAGACGUUCCGCCAGCGUUUUCGGCAGUUCCGCUACCAGGACGCGGCUGGCCCCCGGGAGGCGUUCCGGCAGCUGCGGGAGCUCUCUCGCCAAUGGCUGCGGCCCGACAUCCGCACAAAGGAGCAGAUGGUGGAGAUGCUGGUGCAGGAGCAGCUACUGGCCAUACUACCUGAGGCGGCGCGGGCCCGGCGGCCUAGACGCCGCGCGGACGUGCGCAUCACCGGCUGAGCGACGAGGCUGAGCACUUUCUUAGACUGGGGCCAUAAUGGGUGUGGGGUCAGAGCCUGGCACCCCACCCCAUAUUAAUGAAAAACGAGUUUUGACAGCU